GCCAUACCCAUCACUCAGCACCGCUGCGUACCAAGCAGUCUCGUCGCAAAUCGUCGCCCACGUUGUUGUAUCAAUCUAGAGAUCCUCAACUCGCUCCUCGGGCUGCUGUGCCGUAGCCCUAGCGUUGAUGCUCCGCAAUAUCACUGUUACAUGAGUAUAUCUGCGUCCUGCGGUCAAAUCGUGUAACGGACCAACAUGCUUCUCGAAAAAGAAGAAACACGCAAAGAGGGCAGUCCUCACAGUGACGAGGAUGGAGAAGUGCACGACCAUGAUUCCUCGCCUGCAAAAUCCCUAGACCAAGAUACAGAAGGCCUACAUGCCGCAGAAACACCAGCAGCCAAUCCUCCUCUUCCUACCGAGGAAGACCCUCCCCCAUUACCCGCCGAGGCCCCCCCUCCCCAACCAGCGGAUGACGGCUGGGAGCCAAUCUGGGACGACGCUGCCCAAGCAUUUUAUUUCUUCAACCGUUUUACAAAAGUAACGCAGUGGGAGAAUCCAAGAGUGCCAGAAGCAUCCAGUCAAGCCGGUCCACCAGGAGUUGGGAACCACGACAGAAUAGCGGGAGCACAGGGCUCUUCGACAAACAGAGUUGGCGGAUACGACCCUGCCAUUCACGGUGAUUACGACCCAAACGCCGAUUAUGCCAAAGCCUACGAGAUCUCGCCGGUCGACAAUGCGCCCGGCGCUGCUCCAGCCACAAAUCCUGCCGACAUGUAUGCUGCAUCGGGGACCUUUAAUCGCUUCACAGGGAAAUGGCAGCGAGCAGACCUCAACCCCGAAAAAUUUACCGAUGAGCAAAAGAGUCGGCGACAGAUGAACGCCUUCUUUGAUGUGGAUGCUGCCGCGAAUAGCCAUGACGGCCGAAGUCUGAGAGCCGAGAGAGCCAACAAGAAAUUGAGCAAGGCAGAGGUGAAAGCUUUCAAAGAGAAGCGGAGGGAGAAGAAGGAGGAGAAACGGCGCGCAUGGCUGAGGGAUUGACCAACGAUUUGGCCAAUACUGCAAGAGCAACAAGACAUCCGGUAGCUUCGCCUUAUUUCUACAAGUAACCUGUGUCUUGGUGAUUUUGGUUUUCAGCAUGGCGAUGCCGGGCUUUGAGAAGAAGCGGAAAUUUCGGAACUCGACACCAACUUCCUCGAACAAAAUAAACCCACCAAAUAAAUUUCCUGUUGUAGCGUA